AUGGAUCAGUUCUUUCCCCCCGCCGGUGAUAUUCUCAUCUUAUAUUUUUGUUUGUCUCUCUGCAAAGUUGCUCGGUUUUGCUUAACCAAGGUGAUCGCCGAAUAUCCUAGCUUAGCUAACAUGGCCGAUCAUGAUCUGGCAAAGACCCUGUCGGCGCGUUAUUAUGUGCCAGGUCGCAUUUUGUCGACUCUCGAGGCCCAAGCUGGGCAGGAUUCGAGAUUAGAGAGUAUAAGCCAUGAAACCUUUGCUUCCACUCGAUCGGCACCUACAGUCGCUGCCACUAAUCGCGACCGUCGUACGCAAGUUCGACACGCACAACGAACAUACCGACAGAAAAAAGAGACAAUGUUCCGAGACAUGAAGAACCGGGUCUCCGAGCUGCAAGAAACCGUUGAUCGAAUAUCUGCCUCCCUCUCCGACUUCCACGACAUGGCAAUCCAAUCGGACUUGCACGUCACUCAUCCAUACCUCUUUGACAGGCUUAACGAGACGAUCGCUCAGGUUCAACAUGGACCCGAGACAGGAGACCACAAUUGGACCCACACCGAGCACAUUCAACACCAAAAAAACCACCAAUUCUAUCCUACCGCCGCGACAACUGGCGGAAUCGACCCAUUCACCUUCGGCUACAUGAUCAGCCCCGACGAGCAACAAGACCACAGACCUCGUCACUCAACAAUAUCCCACGACAGGCAGCGCCCCGUCCGAUUCACCCACUCCCUUUACUCCUACCAAUUACGACAGAUCGAAAAGCCCCUAUCUGGCAGCGCCACUCACACGCACAGUUUCCACGAGACCGACUUCUCAAGACGCUUACAGCGUUAUUGUCUCGAAUACACCUGGCGCAUCUUCAUCGACCCCAAUGCCAACCCGCAGGAGUUCUACCGGGUGUUCCGACUCGUCCCUUGCAUUCGGUAUAGCGAGAAAAUGCGCCCUUAUCUACAGUGUCUUGUUCGGUCGGGAUCUCACGAGUCGUUAGACAUUGCCGCCGCGCCGUUCUACUGCAUCGGGGGCGCGGGCACGCAUUAUCCCCGAAAGCUCAACGGGGAGCCAGUUUACCCUGAGAAUAUGCGACUCCCGAGGAGGAUAUUGAGCAUAUUACCGUAUUCGGGAGCGAAGGAUGAUAAGGUCGACGCGUCGACUGAUGAUAGAGAUGCUUUGCUGAGGGCACUGGGACUACAUGGUAUAUGGCUGGACUGUCAUGAUGUUCAGGGAUACUUAGAAGAGAAGGGGUUGGCGCUGGACGGUCCUUCGUGCGUCUAUGCGUCUGGUUCGGGUGUCGCUACUGAAACAUCCCAGCCUGUAGUCGAUUUUUCCGUGAUGGAUGUGGAUGCACAAAGCGAGAAUGCGGUUCCUCCUAAGAAAUUUCAUGCCCGUGGUGAUGAACAUUCGGGGAAAUCAAGCACCAGUGAUUUCACGUUGAACGUGGAAGAAUUCUUUCGCUUGCUUCUGAAAAACAUGAUCAUCCUAGGCCGGGCCCCAGGUUUCCGACUGACCGACGUGGAAACGGCUUUCAAAUCGACUGUCAAACUGUCGUCUAAAUAA